CCGCGGGAUGUCGGCGCCCGAGGCGCGGGCGCUGCUCCCAGAUAGCCCCAGCUCCCCGCGCGGCCCGCCCCGGGACCCGUGCCGCUGUCCGCUCCUCCUGGGCUCGGCGGGCUUCUUCGCGGCCGCCAUCGGGCUGGUCGCCUACGCACAGGUGCAGCUCGCGCCCAGCGGCGGCCCGCCGAUCACGCGGGGCGCGGCGCGCAACCUGGAGGUGCCGGCCACGCUGGAGAGCGACGCGGCGGCCCUGCACGGGCCCGCGGGUGGCGGCCAGGCGGCGUCGGCCGAGGCGGCGGCGGCUAGCACCACCGCGUCGGCCAGCGCCACCGCCGCGACGUCGACGGCCACCGCGGCCACGACCCUCACGGCCACCACCACCGCCGAGGCGUCGUGCGCGGCCGCGGGCGAGGACUGCAUGGCGUCCGCGUGCUGCGCGGCGGCGGGGGCGCAGUGCUACCAGAAGAACCAGACGGCCGCAUUCUGCAAGCGAGAGUGCCUGCCCGGCCCCGACAUGACGGACCAGGAGUACGCCGUCUGGACCUGCGAGGAGCUCGGGCCCCGCACCCCAGGCAUGCGAAAACGCACCGACUGGACGUCGAUGCCCAUCCCCAAAUGGGUGCAGCAGCACUGCUCGCCGAGCGGCGCCGAUUGCCUCGACACGAUGUGCUGCAGGGAGGAGGGCACGCAGUGCUACAAGAAGAACGACACGGUCGCCAGGUGCAAGCCGUCCUGCGCGCAGGGCCCAGACUUUGAGGACGUCGACCCGGGGAGUUGGGGCUGCGAAAAGGUGGGCCCGCGCACGCCGGGCCAGAUCAACCUGGUCAACGUGACGGACUUGCCGAUGCCCAAGUGGGCUCACUCCGCUUGCGCCGGCGCCGGGGAGAACUGCAGCGCUAAGCAGUGUUGCAGCGAGCCGGGCCACCGAUGCUUCAGAAAGGACAAGGAGUGGGCCGCCUGCAGGCCAGCGUGCACCAAGGGGCCGCAGCCGGACGACCGCGCGGACGAGCCGUGGACCUGCAGGCCGCACGGGCCGAUGAGCCCGGGCGCCUCGGAGGUCCCUCUGAUCCGGCGGGGCACCUUCAUCGUCAUCGGCGAUUGGGGUUGGGACGAGAAGACUUCUGGCAUAACACAGGAUUGCCAGCACUUGAUUGCGAAAGAGAUGGACAAGAAGAUGACUGAGCUUGGAGAUGUAAAAUUUGUGAUUAGCUUGGGUGACUCAUUUUACUCCGAGGGCGUAGAUGGCAAGGACGAUGACCAGUGGGACAAGAAGUGGCGUUGGGUGUACAGCCUGCAGCUUCGCAGCAUCGCCUGGUACAGCGUGUACGGCGAUCACGACUACCGCAAGGACCCUUGCGCGUGCACCGCGAACGACGAGGAGUGCGCUCAGACGAACUACGAUAAGGAUAAUUUUGAGUACUUCCAGAUGCCAGGCACAAGCUACUUCCACGCGUACCCAGAGCUGGGCAUCGAGCUCGUGGGGCUGGACCUGAACAACUUCCAGAACGCUGCCAGCUCGGCGGAUGAUGUCAUGUUCAAGGACUGCUUCAAGACCGACUGCGCCUUCAAGUGCCUGAACUUCAUGAAGAACCGCACGGAGGCGGGCCUGAGCCUCUUCUACGAGCGCGCGAAGAGCUCCAAGCAGAAGUCGCUGGUGGUCUUCUCGCACUACCCGACCGACCACUUCAAGGGUGCCCCCGAGUUCCUCGAUGCCCUCAGGGACAACUCCACCCACGGCAUCACAUACUUCGGCGCGCACCGCCAGGCCACCGACCAGUCGGGCAUCUCCAUCGAGCCGAACACGAACUGGGUCGUGGGCGGCGGCGGCGGCGACAGCUGCGAGAGGGACAGCAGGCAGGGCUUCGUGGUCGGGGAGAUCUGGGGCGACAGCUCCGUCACCGUCACCCCCGUCUAUGUGGACUCCGAGACGUGCUGCGCUUGA